AUGCUAGGACGUCGUCUCAAAUAUGGUUCCUUCAAGCGGGUAUUAAUAACACUGUUGUUAGUUUCUUCAAUUUAUCUGUGUGCGAAUUAUGUUGCUACAAAAAAAGAUCCACCUCAAAGCGCGGCUGUAGAAAAGCAAAACAUUAUACGUGACACAUUUCAGAAAAGUUGGUCGGAUUAUGAAAUGUAUGGAUGGGGAUUUGAUGAGUAUCAUCCCAUCACGAAAACAGGAAGAAAUUAUCUUUCGAAAGGAAUCGGCUGGAUGAUUAUUGAUGCCUUGGAUACCAUGAUGAUUAUGGGGUUAGACGAUCAGAAAAAACGUGCUCGUGAGUGGAUCAAGUCUUCACUUACGUGGGAUCACGGGGACGAGGAAAUGAACGUGUUUGAGACUACAAUACGCAUGUUAGGUGGCUUACUCUCUGCUCAUCAUCUUUCGCAUGAUCCUUUAUAUUUAGAAAAAGCAGUUGAUUUAGGCGACCGAUUACUCUGUGCGUACAACACGACAACCGGUGUUCCCCGUGCUAAUUUGAAUCUUAAAACUCGCACUUCCAGAAAACGCACUAGAAGCUACAUGGUUAGCACUUCUGAGUGUGGUACUGUUCAAAUGGAAUUACGCUAUCUGUCUUAUUUGACAGGCGAUCGCCGUUAUUGGGAUGCCGCUGACAAAGUUACUACCAUGUUACUAAACGAUCCCAGCUGGUCCCAUAUUGGCCUCGUGCCCAUCAGUUUCAACUUGGAAACGGGCAAGUAUAUUGGUGCCAAUAUUCGACUUGGUUCACACGGAGACUCGUAUUAUGAGUAUCUCUUGAAACAAACUCUUCAUUUGAAGGAUCAGGUACCCAUUUAUCGUGAAGCUUACAACAUAGCUGUAGACGGAAUCAUGAAGCAUCUCGUCAAUUACACAACCCACGAAAAGUAUGCCUACAUAGCUGAACUACCAAACGGGCUAAAUAAGAAACAGCAUCCAAAGAUGGACCACUUGGUAUGCUUCCUAUCCGGUACACUCAUGUGGGGUGCUACAAAUGGCACAAGUCUCAGUGCUGCAAGAGGAAGUGGUCAGUGGAGUGAGCAACAGGAACAAGUAGUGAAAUUAUCGGAAGACCUUUGUAGAACUUGUUAUGAAAUGUAUAGAUCCACGGCUACUGGAUUAGCUCCAGAGAUUGUAUAUUUUGCUUCGGACACAAAGAACCGUGAAAUGUAUACUUUCACUCGGGACCGACACAAUCUCAUGAGACCCGAAACGGUUGAAAGCCUUUUUAUAUUAUACAGAAUUACUGGUAAAGAAAUAUACAGAGAAUGGGGAUGGAAUAUUUUCCAGGCCUUUAUGAAGCAUGCUCGAUUACCAGGAAGAGAUGCAUUUACAUGCUUGAACAAUGUUGAGGUUACCGGCAUAACGAAUCAUAGAGAUAGAACUGAAUCUUUUUGGUUUGCCGAAACAUUAAAAUACCUAUACUUGCUGUUUGAAGAUGAUCCCUCUGUCCUUGCCUUAACAAAUUAUACAUUCAAUACGGAAGCUCACCCCUUUCCGAACAUCACUCCUCAGUAA